AUGAUCUUCAAAAGAGAAGGUUUAGAUUCAGUAAAUGCGGCCUUACAGAAGUUCAAAGAAAAUAAAACUUGCGAUAAGAUGAUGAUCUUUAGAGCCUCAGAACAUAAUAAAGACAGUUAUUUAAGUUACAGAAUUGUAUUUGAUAAAAUGCCGUAG